AUGAGCACCACUAGAACGGCAACACCCACAAUUUCUCAAACCCUAACCCUAGAAUCUACCCCAUCUUCAAAUCAACAACAACAAGCGGAAACCCUAGUUCUUCGUCUGAAUCGCAAGAAGAAGGUGUCCUGGAAAGAAGGCACAAUCAAUAAUGAAUUUAUGAACAAGAAAAGCUCCAAAAAAUGCUGUAUUUUUCACAAGGAGAAACCCUUUGAUGAAGAUACUAGUGAUGAUGAAGAUGAUAAUGUUGCUGAUAAAUCCAAUGCUGCUGAUAAACAACACCAUGAUCAUGGUUGUUGCUCGCAUGAAGCUGGUUCCAGUUCUAAAGAUGUGCUGUGA